AUGAGCGGAAGAUGUGAGGAGUGUGGAGAAGAUACUGUAUGGGAAUCAGACCUUGGCUCUGCAAUAUGUACACACUGCGGGACCCUUGCGGACCCGACGCAAAGCGUUCUCACUUCCCAUUUGGAGCCCACAGAGAAUUCGACCCGCGAUUUGCAUUGGACUACGCUCCCGGGUGGCACAUUGAAAGGUAGGAAUGGAUGGGCGUUGUCUGGACAGGGAAAAGAGGCCAGAGACCGAGCAAAUACGAUUGUGAUGCACGAAUUUAUUCGCUCGCUUGCUGCGAGGCUUUGCAGCCCUGGAACAGCAGUUCGUGCUCAGGGUCUGUUUGACCAAGCUAUGAGGCGAGGCCAAUUCCGGUGGGGUCGGAAGGCUAAACUAGUGGCUGGCGCAGCUAUAUCCAUCGCUUUUCGUGAGUCGCGUAAGAGCGAUUCAAUUUCUGAUAUCGCGUAUGUUCUUGACGAGCCCUCUGUGGCGGUAUCUCGUACAUUAACCUCCAUUGUUGCACUAUUGCAACUACGUCUUAUAUCUGCAGACCCAUCCGUGCAUCUCCCGACAUUACGGGCUCAUCUUCUCUCGCUCGCACAGGACGCGUCUUCUACUUUGCCCGUCAAGCUGAGGACGGUACUUAAUCAACUAAUACCUCGCAUCCCAACGGUCAUGCAAAUUUCCUCUUCUCUUUCCACUCUAGUGUCUCGCACAAAUAUUCUCUCGAACGUCCCUUCGCCUCCGACAGCCUGCGCUAUAUUAAUGCUUUCCCUAGAGGGGGAACUAUUGUCGUCACUGCCACACGCUGGAGCUCUUGCGCAAACACUUGGCGCGCGGUUCAGCAUAAGCAAAGGUACUGUCAUGCACCGUUACAAGGCGAUUUAUGACCUGCUGGAGAACUGGAUCCGAGAAGUCCCCUGGCUAGAAGCGCAUGAGCGUAAGAAGGGUGGGACAGGAAGGUCUAAAAUCGCCAAGCGAGUCGUAGUGUCCAGAGGCUUAAAGGAUGUCGUGCAAUUCCAAGAAGAGAUCUGGAGAAAGAAGCUUGACGGGCAAACGCGACUCCAUCUUGAACUGGAGAUAGACGAGAAUGAAGCCACUGAUGACGAACGCGAGCGUGACGGGGACGCGAGUAGGGGUGUUCUUCACGUCUUGGAAGGAAACGAUGCUGGUACGUUGCUCAGAUCCCUUCCAGUUGCUAAACAAGACGACGUCAUCCUCUCUGCCCCGCCUCGAAAGAAGCGGAAGACAGUACACGAACGGUCGGUUGCCACCGCAUCCCAGUUCUUGCUCAAUUCCGGUUCUACUGGGCCAACAUGCUCGUCCUCGCGCGCGAGCGACGGCGACACGUCAGAUCUGCUCACACACCUGCUCACCGCGGAUGCAUUCAACCUCUCGCAUGCGUUUUCCCGCGCACCCACCCGAUUGCAAAUGCUGGCUACAUCGCGAGGCGGGGCAGAAGAAUUCAACAUUCCAGAUGAAGAAUUAUUCGACGAGGGGGAGUUGGAGAACUUGUUCAGAACCGAUGAGGAGGUGGCCAUUCUUCGGACCACAAUGGAUUGGGAUGACGACGAAGAGGUCGAUGCAACCAGCUCUGACGAUGGACCAAGAGCGCGGAAAAGAAAGAGGAGCAAACAGAACAACGAAGAGUGUGAAGCCUUUGCGCAGAGCAAGCCUGGAGGUACCAAGAGGAUCAACAUGGAUGCUCUCCAAAAGCUUCUCGAUCCAUCAUAUAAUAUCAACGAAGAGACUGACGAAAGCGAGAACUCCGAUAGUGAAGGAGCUCAGUAUGGUGACGCUCCAGUCGGCAAUGACGGAGAGAUUGUGGAGGAAUGGAGACCAUUGUCACCAGGAGGUCAUGGAUUCGACGAAGAUCGUUAUGAUGUGUGA